AUGAAAAAAUACACUGGAUGUAGAGAAAUUGUUUGUCCUGGUGUUACUCGGUUUGAAACACAAUUCUUACAACUUCAAGCAAUUGUGCAACAAAAGCAAGGCUUGAGGAACAUGUUCAACUCUGAAGAAUUUAGACGAUCUAAAUUUGGAAGAGACAAAAAUGGAUUGGCAUUUGAAGCAAGACAAAUUGUUAUUGGCAAUGAUUUUUGGAGCAAGGCUAAUGAUAUAUUGAAGGUAUUUGAGCCUUUAGUAAAAGUAUUGAGGCCAGUUGAUGGUGAUGAGAAACCAACAAUGGGUUUUAUAUAUGAGGCAAUUGAUCGAGCAAAACAAUCAAUUCAAAAAUGUUCUUGUUAUUAUUCUCAAUACCAAGAAAUAAUUGACAAGCGUUGGAGAUUCAUGCAUUCGGAUCCUCAUUCUGCUGGUUAUUUUCUUAAUCCACAAUUUCAAUAUGGAGUUGAACAUGGAUCUGAUGUAUAUCGAGAGACAUUUGAAGGGACCAAAAAGGUCAUUAUGAAAUUGGAGAGAAACAUGGAUGAUCAAAUUAAAGCUUUGAGCUUGUUGGUAUUUUUUAAAGACAUGGGUGAAACAUUUGCUACACCUCAAGCUCAAAGAGCUUGGUCUAGAAUGAAUCCAGAAAGAUAUACAAAAGGAAUUUCUGAAGAAUGGCUGGCCAAGGUGGAGUCCACCCCGUGUUAUCCUGCUAGAGGUUCCAUUGAUUCUGAAAAAAAGUGUUUUGAGAAACAGAUGAG